GCGCAAACGUUCCGCCUCCUCAUUCAUUUCCACACACAGAGGAACAUGGCGGAGUGGGGCUGUGGAGGCUGCAUCGAUUGAGCUGCUGUCAAUUCCCCGUACAGCAGGAGUGCAUUAGGAGAUCGUGGACCUGUGUGGUUGUGUCAGGAGAUCACGGGCUGUGGGGGUGGGCUGAGGCUAGCUUUUUAGCGGGUAUCUGUGCCCCCCCCCACCCCGUGAGCCGAAAGACGAGAAGGGAAGCCACGAAACACCUCGGACAUGAACGGGGAAAUUGUCUGCAGCCCUCACUCUGUGACGGUGUUAACCUGCUGCACCAAGUCCAAAUCAGCGGUUCAUGAUGAGAAGACGAGCAUCAGGUUGACUCAGGAGGGGAUGUGCUCUACUGUUUGCAUCCCGCAGCACGACGUUCCAAGUCAGGCAGAGGGCAGGACAACGGAUCCCAUCGGCACCACGCUUAGAGACCCGAAACUGGAUUUGACAGCGACAGGUAGCAGCUACAGCCAGCGUUCGCCUUGCCGGUCCACCGAGCUGCCGUCCUUUCCACCGCUCUUCUGCACUCAGACCUGCCUUCGCCCGCCUCACGAGUUCCCCAUGCCCCUCGGUAACAGCUUAUCUCACGCUUCACUCCACGGUAACAACAAUGGCAGCACGCUCCACGGAAAACAGAGGAGAGGGGCCCGGGCCAAAGUCAUGGGGAAGAAAUUCACGAGGAGAACGGAAGGAGGGAAAAACUCUCAGAACCGAAAAGUUACUGACUUCUAUCCAAUAAGACGGAGCUCAAGGAAAAGUAAAACAGAACUCAAGUGGGAACAGAAGAAGCUCAUUGAUGAUCUGAUCACCAAUGGAAUCGAGGAGGGAAUGGAGGUUCAGCAUAUAGAAGGAAAGGGGAGGGCGGUGUUCGCCACUCAGUGUUUCCAGAAAGGUGAUUACAUCGUGGAGUACCACGGCGACCUGCUUCAGAUUACCGACGCUAAGAAGAGGGAGGCGGAAUAUGCUCAGAACCCUGCCACCGGCUGCUACAUGUACUACUUCCAGUACCUCUGCAAAACAUACUGUGUGGACGCCACCAAAGAGACGGGUCGAAUGGGCAGGCUGAUAAACCACAGUAAAAACGGGAACUGCCAAACUAAACUCCACGACAUCAACGGAGUCCCUCACCUCAUCCUCGUCGCCUCUCGAGGGAUCGACAAAGGCGAGGAGUUGCUUUACGACUAUGGGGACCGCAGUAAAGCCUCCAUCGCCGCUCACCCCUGGCUCAAAUACUGACAGGAAGCGGUCAGCAACACUUGUGUUUCUUAUAGCUAGUGGACAUGAUGCCUUAGAAACAGAAUGUGUACCUCUUUUGUUGCCGUAACAGGGAAGCUGGGUGGUGUCAGUUAAUGGGGUGGGGGUUGACCGGGUUCCUAUUGCAUUUUGAUUAAGGUCCGUCUGCAUCGUCAGAGGGCCUGUGUACUUUUAUUUAUAUGUGUCUCUGAAACAUUCUGGUUGUUUUGCAGCACAUUUCUUUUGUACAUCUUGUUCUCCCUGAGGACCGAUACCUCUACAGCAUGCAGGUGGUAGUUAAUGCUCAGCAUUUUUUAUAAUACUUUUUUCGCCCUAGAUACCUUAGCAAUACUUCCCUGAAUGGUUUUUCAGCCCCCUUUCGGAUCGACAAGCACCAGUAGAUCUAAGUAAAAAUGUCUUUUUAGGAGAAAAUAUAUUCUGCUCAAGUGGACUUCAGUCAUGGAAACCAUCUGUCGCUGUUAGUGGGCAUGUAAAGGUUGACCACACUCCUGGUUCAGUUGGCAUCUCGGAGGCUUUUAUCACCAAAAAGAAAACACAACCACGUUUUCAAACUUGGUGAAAAGUCGAAAUGUGAAGCAAACUUGUUCAACAUGCAUACUCUGAAAUAACAAGUAUGAAUGUAUAUUUUUGCUUUUUGUUUUUAGAUAAUGUAUUUUUUAAUAUUAAUGACAAGGCUUACAUUUGAAUUUAUCAAUGUUAAAGUAAUAUAAAGGUGUCUGCAGAAUUUCCUGCUGUAACUGCUCGAAUACAAGUGUGUGUUAAGAUGUGUUGGAUUAAAUAUCUUCAGAUCUUUAGCUGAAACACUGUUGCCACGUCCUCAACUGAAUACUGUAGCAGACGCUCUACCAUUAUUAGUUAUUUUCUAGUUGCAGAGCCAAACAGGGACACCGUGGGCAGAUUAUGAAAGUAUUCAAAUUAACUUUAAUGUCUUUUGUUAGAAUUUAUGUGAUAAAUUCUGACUCCAGCUGCAAGUACUUUGGGGUAUGUCUCUACCAGCUAUGCAGAUCAAAGGCCAAGCUCUUUAAGUUUGGAUGAAGUAAACUCUGAGUAGCUCAUUUUUAAAGUCUUGCCUAAGAUUAGGAACUAAAUUUGGUUCUGCACUUUAACUGGGCCAUUCAGAUGAAUAUUCUUUCAUCUAAACCGUUCCAUUGUCCUCUGUAGAUGUACGUUUUAGGUUGUUGUCCUGCUGAUGUGUGGUAGCUGUCUCUUCCGACCUCUAACAGGUCUUCUUCUAGGAUUGCCUUUUAUUUAGCUCCAACCAUCUUUCCAUCAACUCUGACCAGGUUCCCCAUCUCUACUGCUGUCUCAGCAGCCCCAUAGCAUGACGCUCCCACCACCAUGCUUCACCCUGUACAUGGUGUGCUCAGGGUGGUGUGCAGUGUUAGUUUUUUUCACAGCAUUUUGCUUUUAGGGCAAAACAUUAAACUUUGGUUUCACUGACUGGAGCACCUUCUUCCACAUGUUUGAUGUCUCUCGUGUGUGGCUGACGGCAAACUGCAAAGAUUUGUGGAGUAGGCAACUGAACGUUCUUUUGAUAAUAGAUUCUCCUAUGGGAGCUUUUAAUCUCCGCAGCUCCUCCAGAGUUAUCAUGGGUCUCUUGGCUGCAUCUGAUCGAUGCACUCCUUUCCUGGAUGUUUGGAAUUGUGAUGUACUCUUUCCAUUUUUAAUUGAUUGAUUGAACAGAGCUCUGUAGGAUGUUCAAAACUUGGAAUGUUAUACCCUAACCCUGCUUUAAACUGCUCCGCAACUUUCUCCCUGCUAUGUUACUUUGUCUUCAUGCCGUUGGUCCACCGAUGUUCUCUUAACAAACAUCCGAUGCCUUCAUGAAACAGCUGGAUUUGUACUGAGAUUGUCUUGUACUCAGGCGGAUUCUGUUCACUAGAACAACUAUUGGUUGUGAGGGCAUUUAAUUACACUGGAUUUUAUUUAAGGGAAUCAGAAUUAAGGGGGCUAGAUAUGAAUCCACACCCUACUUUUUAGAUUUGUUUUAGAUUUUUAUUUGUAAAACAAUUUGUAAAUCUUUCGUUUUCCUCCCGCUUCGCAAUUAUGCACUACUAACGUGUUCAAAGCAGCGCCUAAUGUGCCUCACAGAGAAUCCCAAUAAAAUAAAUUGAAGUUUUGUUGUAAAGUGACAAGAUGUGAAGGUUAAAGGGGUAUCGAUACUUUCCCAGGGUGCUGUGAAACUGUCCACAUGGGUUUUUUUGUUUUUGUUUGACUCAGUUUGCUAUGAUGUAUGAGGAGGGAGAUAUUAACUGGAAACAGAAUCAUCAGUUUUUGAUGUGGACCUUAAACAAGAUAGGACAAAUGAGUUUUAUAGAGGACACAUUUGGUUUUAAUGACUAAAAGUUAUUGGCUCAUUGAGUGUUGAAGGUACUGAAGUCGAAGCGUUCAGAGUCCUUUUCUUGUUUGAAGAGACGACUGCCAGCAGUGAAACUAAACUAUACGACAGAAAACACUCCCAAGUCACUGUACGCUUCUUCCCACAGCAAGUUAAGUGUUGCUACUAAAAGCAUGUUGGAAACUUUCCCACGGGGAAGAAGCAAUAGGAAGACUUUCACGAAUUAAAAAAAGCUGGUACAAAUAAAUCGAAUCAAAUACAAAUAAAACUACAAUUAAAAAUUUGAUUAAUACAGUCAGUGUGAGAUAAAAGCCCCAUGGAUUUAUACAUGGGGCGUUCCUGAUGUGUAGAUUUUCAUCUGACCUUGCUAUUCUACGUGCAGAUCUUUAGUAAGGAAAUGUAUAUAACAGGUCGUUAUGUUAGCACUAAUUUACUGUCAGUGUCAAAUUAGUGCUGAUCUUCAUUUAACUUCUUGAAAGUUAAAUCCAUAGAUAAUCUAACAGCUGCUUUGUUUAGUAUUGUCUUUUCACUUUGGAAAUAUAAAACUGCUAAUAUUAUGGUACACCGUUUUCUCAAAUAUCAGCCCAUUCUGGGUUUCUCUUCCCCACAUACGUAUGUAUUUAGAAAACAUAUUAAAUGUCAUUUGAAAUAUUUAAAUGAAUCAAUAAUUCCUCCUGGUUGAUGGCUGAACCCAAUCGGAAGUGUUAAUCUGAAUUAUAAAGAAGUUUUAAAUGAUGAGACUGACUAUAAUGUCAGUUUUGGAUACCAUCAACUCAGACACCAAGAACAAAACUGUUUUAUAAUUAUUUAUUAAACUAAAAGGUCUCCAGUUUUAGGCAAAUGAAACUUACUGAGGGAAAUGUUGCAGUUUUUAGGGUUCCAAUAUUUCUAGCUACAGAUUAGGUCACAUUUGAGGAGUACUGAAAAAACUGGGUGUAUAUGUUACAUACAAAUUGGUCAAUCAACAAAGCCAUUGUUAUGGUUUGGAAAGCUACUCAUUGGCUAAUUAAAAUGAACAGCAGUUUUCUGCAGGAUGCUGCAUUUUUCUUAGCUUUACCUCCUUCUAACUCGUCGAUUAUUGCUCCAGUGGUACUGCUAUUAUUAUUGGUGUGGAUCUUUAACUUGGGUAGACCCCAGGACUCUUAAAGGAAAUUUUUGAAGAUCAAGCUAUUAUUUUCUCUAGUAAGCUCAGCUAUUCUUUCUCAUUCUAGCUACACACAGCCUAGCAUAAUAUUGUCUUUCUUUGCCAACGGAACAGAAACUGAGUUUAACAGUUAACUGUAAGUAAAAUGCAAAAUCAAACUAUUUUACUAAAAGAAUCAACUUGGGCCACUAAAGGAAAUCUAAUCUUGCAAGAAUGUUACCUAGUUAGCUUCAAAAAAGCAAACUUUACUUUUAUUUGUACAAAUUCAGUAAAUAACUUUGGAAUAUGAGGAAAUAUGUGAUUUGAAAGCCAGUUUCUGUUCAACUUUAACACUUAAAAAAUAUUUGAGUUGUAACUUCGUAGCAUUCAGGUUUGUUAGAUGUGUUUUCUAUAUGAAAUUGAAGAUUCAACUUUUACAUCGUUGGUUUUUCCUGACGAAUGUUAAAUUUAUGAUUCAAUUUUAGCUAAAGGACAAGUUGGAAAAAAAUUCUUAAAAGUUUGGCAUAGAAGUUUGAUAGCUCAUACAGGAAGCCGUUCUUGUAUUAGCGAUAACUUUAUUCAAAGACCUUCUCUGUUUCUGACACUUUUAUAAAAUAAAUUCAAAUUACAUCCAUUUAUUCUUACUUUUUUAUCUUAUUUAUAUAUGUAUAUAUCUUUAACAGUCUUCAGCCAACGUUGCAGUUUCUAAUUCAUGGUUAAUUUCCACUGAACCAAACAAUAUCCACACUAGGAGGCCUGUCCAGAAAUUUCAAGAAACUGUCAUUUCCUGUGUAAACAUAACUUAUAUUUCAGUCGGAUUAAUGCUUGUGUAAAAUGUUUUAAUAUCAAUCUUUUUAAGCAAAUACAUGACGUUUUCAUUUUUGUAAAAUAUGGAACAGAUGCAAUAAAUACCUUAAGGGGGAUAACUGAUCCUUUUCACAGUUUUAGGACAGGAUUUUUGCUGUUGUGCUGAAGAAAUCUUAAUGCUGGGGUUUAAGUAUUCAUAAAUAAAGAUUGAAUAUGCAAAUAAAA